AUGACUAAAAAUUCCAUUGUCUUCAUCACCGGCGCCAACACAGGGCUCGGACUAGAAACAGUCAAAGCCCUGUUUCGAUCUUCUCGGCCGUACACGACAUACCUUGGGGGUCGCCCCUUGGAGAAGGUUGACGCGGCUGCCAGAACAGUUCGUGCGGAGUUUCCCGAGAACGCGAGUGUCGCCGCGACCGUGCAGGUGGACAUUGAGGAUGAUGAAUCCAUUCACAGCGCAUUCGAGCAUGUGGCCAGCCAGUAUGGUCGAGUGGAUGUGUUGAUCAACAACGCAGGAGGCCAGUUCGAUCAACAACUGUUCCGGGGCACGAUGACGAUGCGCGAGAUGUGGAACAAGUCGUGGAAUGUCAACACGACCGGCACCCACAUCCUGACCCAUAAAUUUGCGCACCUCCUCUUGAAAUCUUCGGAUCCCCGACUCCUCUUUAUCACAAGUGGCACCUCCACCCUGACCGAGAGGGACAACCUUGCCCUGAAGAUGAAUCACUCGCCGCCGAAGGGCUGGCCUAAGCAGAGCCCCUCUGUUCCGGCGUAUCGAGCCAGCAAGACAGGUGUGAACAUGAUGAUAAGGGAGUGGGCUCGGGUGUUGAAGACGGUGUGA